GUACUGUAAGUCAUUUGGUACUGCUAGUUAAGAUGGACUGAUAUUUUCCUUCUAUAAUGCCCUCCUCCCAGAGUGAAAAGCUUUUGUUAUAUGAUACAGUUCAGAGUGAGCUUGAAGAGAAAAUAAGAAGGCUUGAGGAGGACAGGCACAGCAUUGACAUUACCUCAGAACUGUGGAAUGAUGAGCUUCAGUCAAGAAAAAAGAGGAAGGAUCCUUUUAGUCCUGACAAAAAGAAGCCAGUUGUUGUUUCAGGUCCAUAUAUAGUUUAUAUGCUACAAGAUCUUGAUAUUCUUGAAGACUGGACAACAAUUAGAAAGGCAAUGGCUACACUGGGUCCACACAGAGUGAAAACAGAGCCACCUGUGAAACUGGAAAAACACUUGCACAGUGCUAGGUCUGAAGAGGGAAGACUAUAUUAUGAUGGUGAAUGGUACAUACGUGGACAAACAAUAUGUAUUGAUAAAAAAGAUGAAUGUCCUACAAGUGCUGUAAUUACAACAAUUAACCAUGAUGAAGUUUGGUUUAAGAGGCCUGAUGGAAGCAAAUCUAAGCUUUACAUUUCACAGCUACAGAAAGGAAAAUAUUCAAUUAAACAUUCGUAAUCAUGAUUUAAGUGUUAUCUAAAUCUACCUUAUUAGUGUUACCAAGUGUGAUGUGCCAUGGGAGUGAAAAAAUGUAUUCAGUAACUUAAUAUUCUCAUUAAAUCAUGAGAGAAUGUGUAUUUGUAGGUAGUACUCUAAGUAGACCUCAU